AUGAAUAAAAGCCUAGAUCCGUCAUUUUUAAUAAGCAAACUAGUCGCAAAGUAUAGACCUGGUGAUUUAAAAGCAUUACGAAAUGCUAUUGAUAUAAUCAAAUCAUACCCAAAUACGAUUUCAGCAAAAAAUAAUACAUUUUAUUUAAAAGAAUGGAUGAAAAUUACAAAAUCUAAAGGUGAAGAGCAGCAAGUACAAAAUUUAAAGAAAGAUGUCGACUUUUUAGCUAAAAAUCUUAUUAGAUCUCCACAAUUAUUUCAAUUUCUUUAUCACUUUACUCAAAAAUCAGAAAAUAAAGAACAACAACCGCAACUAUUUACCGACGAGCAUGAAAUUCCAUUAAGUUUCAUAUACGUUUUACAAGGAGUGAAUUGCAGAUCUUUUGAAUGGAGCGAUUCAAGAGAGAGGUUCGUUCUUUUAGAAAAAAUACCACCAAAUUUAUACAUUCCUGCUCAAAUUGUUUCUCAAAUCGGAUCAAUGGUAAAAAUGAUUCGCGAUUAUAUUGAAAGACGUCGUUGUCUCACCCAAAUUAAGAUCAGUGCUGUUCUCAAAAGUCUAUUAGUUGACUAUUUACUAUACAUUUCGUCAAUUGAACAAAUGUAUUCUGAUCUCACAAUUUCUCAGUUUCUUUUUCUCUUAAACAACAGGCAAAUCGAUAUAAUUAAGUCAGCAGCAAUUAUCAUUAAUACAAUCAAACUCGAAAGUGGCGGUAUUCUUGUAAACCGCUUAAUGGAAAUCGAAAAACAUGGAGAUGAAUUAAUUAAAAUAGUUGCAAACAAAUUUAGAAAUGCAGCAUUUGAAGUAAUAGAGAAAAUGAGCAUUGAUUGGUCUACAAAGGGAAGAGUUGAUGAUCCAUUCGGCGAAUUCUUCGUAAAGACAAGGGCAAAGGCAACAACACCAGGAGAAUGGUGGAGUGAUCUUUAUUACUUGUCAGAAUUAGAAGUUCCAAAAUCAAUGUUGAAAUCAUCUGUUGGAAAUGUUUUUUCAUCAGGACUUUGCUUGAAUUUCGUUCGCCAAUGGGAAGAGAACAUAGAACUUGAUAUUGAAGCAGAAAACUUUGAUGCUUUAGUUAAAAAGGCUUCAGAAAUUUCGAAUUCUCAUAUGAUGACUUUAUUCAUUGAUCAUGAAAAAAUCAUUUCAAGACUUAAUGAUGCAGUUGAUUUUGUUCUUUUCAGGAGAGGAGAUUUCGCAACAGUUCUACUUGAAAAUUCAGCAAAUGCUGAGAAAAGAUUACCUCUUAUACUCCAUGACUACAUUGGAAGGAAAUGUCCUGAUCUUAAAUACCUCGAAUUUGGCGGAGAAGGUUCUCGUUUAAGAUACGAGCCGCAGGGAAUUUCAUGUGUUUUAUUCACAUCAAAUUUCAAUGAUGUUUAUGAAGCUGCAUCUGCUUUGUUGUUAAGAGUUAGACGUGCACAAUUUGCAAUAUCUCGUGUAGGAAGGUAUGAAAAAGGAUUUUCUCAGGGAGUUCUUUUAUUUGAAAUGCUUGCUUUGUGUAAUACAAUUUCAAUGUAUUUCAACUUGUCAAUAGUUUCUAAAACAGCUAUAGUUAUGGAUAAGAUCAAGAAGGCGAAGGAAUUUGCUGAAAUUGUUAAAGCAUUCGAGAAGAAUUCAACAGAUAUAAUUGAAAGUUGUUGGAUUUCAGCUGCCAACAGAUCAUUAAGAGAUAAAUUAUAUAUGCUCAUGACAACAGUUGAAGAGGCCACAAUUUUACCACGCGAUGUUGAGAAAAACAGAAAUUCAUUUUAUAGCUCAUUGAAAGAGUUUUGCAAGCUACUUGCAACUAAAGACGGAAAUGCUAAAAUACUAUAUCGACAAAUAUAUCAAGUAUUUCCAACUAUUUUGAUGAAAUUAACAGAAUAA